CGUGUAGAGAGUAGCUUUUUUAUCGAGCUUUUGCGGCAAAAAGCUACCCUCAGCCGCCACUGCCACCGCCACCGCCACCGAAAGUUCAAAUUCAAGUUUCUUCAGUGCAUUCCGUUAAGUGGCUUUAAUUUAAUAUGAUAAACUCCAAAGUUAUAAAUUAAUUACAAUUUGGUAUCGGACGCGUGCAAGCGGAAAGCGCUGCCAAUGCAGUUAUCUUAUCAAUUAGGGUCACAUGGCGUAUGCUUGAUGUCACGACACACACACACACACACAAACGUGCACAUGUUGUAUUUGUGUGCGUUUGUGUACAUAUAUGCAUGUACUCUUAUUAAUAAAUGGCCGAUGGCAAAGCUGGUAUUGAGAAUUUAAUUAACUUGAAAGGACUUACUCCAUCACAAAUCACUGUAAUUAAGGAAGAGCCUUAAUUAACAUGGCUCUUUAAUAAGAGUGUCGACAGCUGAAUGAUUUCGAUAUCACGUACUUAUAGUUGAAAUGCAGCAGGAUUAAGUAAACAAUUGAAAAUGGACCUGUCAGGGACAAACAGAGCUCAACGUCAAGGCUCCUCCUUGUUUCUGCUCAAGAGCUUCAUCAGGAGUCUGAAGGACUUUCUAAACCAGACUGGUCUGCACGGCUUAAAGUUUGUGGGUGACUCUAAUCUCAGCAGUUGGGAGAGAUCCUUUUUCUUUGGUUCCUUUGUGACUGCUUUUAUAAUCACCAUUCACCUUAUCUCGAAUAUCUACGUGAAAUGGGACAGUACUCCCGUGAUAAUCGGUAUAAGUCCGCAGGCCACCUCAAUAUUGAAAGUCCCCUUCCCGGCUAUAACCAUUUGUAACAUGAACCAGGUGCAAAAGAGUCUGGUGGAGAAGUAUAGAGAAGGGUCCUACGAGAGUGCUCUUUUAAAACUCCUAUGCGACUCUGAUAAAUGGCAGUCCAGUGAGUUUGAUGAUGAUCUGAGUCUCCUCAACAUCGCUGGAAACACCUUGAGUAUCUCCGACUUUGUAUCGAACCACUCCCAGCCCUGCGAAAGGAUGCUGCUCUACUGUAGGUUCAGUGCCGUUGUCCACAAUUGCAGCCACAUGUUCCAGCAGAUGAUGACAGACGAGGGCUUGUGUUGUGUCUUCAAUUUUGAGCCUCCGGAAUAUCUCUACAAGCCCUAUGCCAACAGUGGAAGAAAUCUCACAAAUGGUUUCGGUCUUCAAGGUGUGCAAUGGGAUCCAGAGUCUGGAUAUCCGGAGGAGCUUCCACCGAAAUUCUAUCCAUCCACAGCAAGUGGAACUGGCAUUACCUUGGGCUUUACGGCCGUGCUUGAUGCCCAGAUAAGUGAAUAUUACUGCUCCUCUACCAAUGGACCUGGUUUUAAGGUCUAUUUCCACAAUCCCAUAGAGGUUCCCAUGGUCAAAGAGGCCGGAUUGAUCACGGCUAUUGGCUAUGAGACCAACUACCGGAUAGAAGUGGUUAGAGCCGAGGCUGUGGCAGCCAUUCGAUCGAUAUCCCGCGAGGGUCGGCAGUGUCUAUUCAAAAACGAAAAGGACCUCAUCUUCUACAGGAUCUACACGCGUCUCAACUGCGAGAACGAGUGCAUGUCCGCCUACCUGUACGAGUCUUGCUCCUGCAUUCCCUUCGACUUUCCGAAGAUAUACAGCAAUGCCUCCACCUGCACCAUGCUGGACACUUUCUGUGUCCGGCGAGCCCAGCGCUCCACAAACCGUCCGCGGUGGGCCAAAUGCCGGAGUCAGUGCCUGCCCACCUGUUUCGAUCUGAAUUACCUGGCCAGUGGCUUCACCUUUCCCCUGGCUAUCAACGAUUUCCUGCUUUCCAAUCCCCUGGUGGAGAGUAUCAACAAAUCGUACUUGGGCGAGAAUAUUGCGGUCAUUAAUGUAUACUUCCGGGAGUCUGUCUAUUACGGUAACAUGAAGAAUGCCUACGUGGGACUGACGGAGUUCCUUUCCAACAUCGGGGGAGUAAUGGGUCUCUUUAUGGGCUUCAGUGUCAUCUCGCUGGCGGAAUUACUAUACUUUCUAAUUUUGAAGCCGCUCGUAGAACUUUUUGUGUGGAAAAGGACUGCCCAUGUGGCCCCGGAGAGGAGUCUAAGGCAAAAUCCUGGUAUAGAGCAACCUGAUGGCAUCGAUAACCAAAGUUUCUGGCAUGUGAAAGAACUUUAUCCCAAGGGUGCGGCAUGGGAGCCGAACGGAAAGGGCAGAAAAUUAAAAAGGAGCAGGAAUAUUAUAAAUUCCUUUGUUCAGUGAAUUGUUCGUCUGGGAAAAAAGGAUUGCGAACAUUAUUUAUGUAUUAUCCUAGAAAGGAGAAUGGCUGAAUAUGUUAUGGAUGCCACGUCAUGCAAAUCAUUCCCUGUUCCUACAAGCGGAGCAAAAAACCCAGAAUAAUUGAUACCGAUAAACAAUGAGUUAAAAUUAAAAAUACAAUGUAGU